AUGGGACUACUUAAGGGCCGUCCGUCCUCGUCUCGGCACCACAAGUCUUUGUACACCGUCUGUACACCGCCAACCACAAUCGCCGCCAUGAACUCCAUGCUGAUCCUGUCCGCCCUGGUCGCUUGCGCCGCCGCUUCCCUGGUGGUGCCUGGCCCCGUGGCAGUGCGUGCCCCCUCUCACGACUCUGCCAUCAUCCAGAGCCACCGUCUGGGCGGAAACUUCGCCUACUCCACCCACGAGGCUCACGCCUACGCCGUGCAGACCCCCGUCAUCGGCCAGCGCACCGUGCCCGUCGGCGUGUCCUACCACCACGGCGUCCCCGUCGUCAAGUCCUCCACUGACUACAUCACCCACAAGAUCCCGCAGGUCGCCUACACCUACCCAAAGGUCGCCGUGCAGGCUGCCGUACCCCAGGUCGCCACCUACGCCGCUGGACUGCCCCUUGCCGGCACCUACGCCGCUGGACUGCCCCUUGCCGGCACCUACGCUGCUGGUCUGCCCCUUGCCGGUCCCUACGGCGCUGUGCCCUAUCCGUACGCCGCCGUGGUCGCCGCCAAGCCUGAUGAGCCCGCCGCUGAGGAGGCCUAACAUGGCCCUGUGACUGGAUCCUGCAGGACGGACGGCCGAUCCUGGCGUGGCCGCCCGGCGCAGUGACAGAGCCUCCGGGUUGGUCGCUGCGCCUUGUAUAGCUACGGUGUACAAACUUGUGUCAGAAAAAUAAUACGAAAUUAAAAUAUACACAAAUCCA